CAAGAGUGUUCUGUUCUCUGUGGUUUAUAAAUGUUACAUUUUAUUUUUACUCUUCCAGAAACAUCAUUUGACUCACUGGAGAAUUAAAACUGACAGCACCACAGAGCUGUGUGGGAGAAAAGGGGAUUUUAGACUCAAGUGACACACUCAAGUCUUGAGAAGUAGAGAUGUUUGGAUGGCUUCUCACCAAAUGGAAGUGAUCUAAAGAGUCGCCUGAUAACACUGCAUCUCUGCAGCCAGCUCCUACCGCCUUGAGACAGUGUAAUUGGACCUGGACUCUAAUAAAAUGCUGGAUUCAAUCAAGUGUGUGCUUGUGGGAGACUCCGCAGUGGGGAAAACAUCGCUCUUGGUACGUUUCACCUCCGAGACUUUUCCAGAUGCCUACAGACCCACCGUGUAUGAGAACACUGGGGUGGAUGUCUUCAUGGAUGGUGUACAGAUUAGUCUAGGUCUUUGGGACACAUCUGGCAGCGAUGCCUUCAAAGGCAUUCGUCCCCUCUCAUACCAACAGGCCGACGUGGUGCUAAUGUGCUACUCAGUGGCCAACCACAACUCCUUUCUAAACCUAAGGAAUAAAUGGAUUGGCGAGAUCCGCAACCACUUGCCCCGCAUCCCUGUUUUGGUAGUGGCUACUCAGACUGACCAGCGAGACACAGGGCCCUACAGUUCCUCCUGCAUCAGCCCGAUGGACGGGAAGCGGCUUGCGCAGGAUGUCCGGGCCAAGGGCUACCUGGAGUGCUCUGCGCUCAGCAACAGAGGCGUGCAGCAGGUGUUCGAGUACGCCGUCCGCACGGUGGUCAACCAAGCCAAAAGACAGAACAGGCGGAAACUCUUCUCCCUGAAUGAGUGCAAGAUCUUCUGA